AUGGAGGAUCGGAUAGGAAUUGACUCAAGUGGGAACUGGGAUGAGUUGUACGCAGAAGUCGAAAGUUUCUUGGCCGCGGUGAAAGUUAAAAAUCCAGGAAAGUACAAGGAUGUAAUCUUGGUUGCUGUGAGUCAGGACACGGAAAAUCAAAUAUUCCCUAUUGCAUUUGCCAUUGUGGAGAAGGAGGAUGUUGAUAAUUGGGGGUGGUUCUUGUCAUGCCUCAGACAUUUUGUCACAAAUCGAACAGAAUUGUGUCUAAUUUCAGACAGGCAUACUGGUCUAUUGUCGUACAUCAAAGGAGAUCCGCUUUGGAGACCCCCCCAUGCUUAUCAUCGUUAUUGUGCCAGUCACAUUGGGGCAAACAAUAUGAGGAGGUUCAACAAAAUUGUGGGCAACCAAGUAAAAGUUACGGCCAUGGAAAUCCAAAAACGAAAGUUUAAAGCACAGCUUGAAAAGACUAAAAAGUUCGGCGACGACGAAAAGGUCUACAAGGAACUAACGGAGGAUUUGGUUUUAAAGAAAUGGUCAUUCGCGCAUGAUGGAGGUAGGCGUUACGGAUCGGAAACAACAAACAUCUCAGAGAGCUUGAAUGGGGUCCUAAAAAAAGCUAGGCACCUGCCAAUAAUGGGAACGGUUAUGAUGACAUUCUACAAAAGCGUGGACUAUUUCAAUGACAGGGCCGUAGAAGCACGAAAAAAAAUUGAGACGGGGGGAAACUGGAGCACGUUUGCCAUAAAAAAGUACAAACACUGGAGGAAUAAGGCAUCAAGACACCAGGUCAUUGAGUUUGACCGCGCGGCACAAACUUAUGAGGUGCAGACUCCAAUGAAUCGGACGAGCCCAUAUAAAGGAAAUCACAGGCAUUCAGUUGACAUGAUCAAUCGCACGUGCAGUUGCAACAAGUUUCAACAAUGGAAGAUGUCGUGCUCGCAUGUGCUUGCGACGUGCAUGUUCAUGAACACUUCCCCUUUCAAAUACUUCAGCGAUGUUUGGUCACUCAAAUCAAUUAUACAAAUGUAUGGCUCUCAACCAUUUAGGCCCCCGCGUGACAAGGCAUAUUGGCCUGAAAGCAUUGGGCCAACCAUCAUUCCAGACCGAGAACGUAUCCGGGGGAGAGGGCGACCCCAAAUCACACGGUUUAGGAACGAGAUGGAUUGGAUUGAGCACCUCCUCGUCAGCAUUGUGGGUGCGGUGACUUCGGGCUUAAUGGCGUGUUGUUCUAAGUUUAUGUUGCCGGUUCCCAACAGUUAUUCUUUGUUGGAAGGUAACGGGUACUGUUGGUUGUGUUCAGUGGCUCUGUUUUGGGUGUUCGGCAGCAGUAGAUUUGUGGUAGUGGUUUUAACGAUGGAGGGCGGUGGGGCUGUUCGUCUUGUUGGGUGA